AUGGCCAUUGACACCAAUUCAAACGGAGCAGACGGAGCAUCCGAAAGACCCAAACCGAUCGAAGCUACAGAAGCUUACAGGAAGUACCCUCUUGCAUAUGAGUUAUCAAAGCUUCCAUUUCUGGCCCCGCGCCGUUUGAAAGUUAUUGUUGCCGGCGCCGGCGCCAGUGCUCUAUCGUUUGCACAUGAGGUCCAGACUGGCAAAUUGAAAAACAUCGAUCUACAAAUCCUGGAGAAAAACAGCGGUUUGGGUGGUACCUGGUUUGAAAACCGGUAUCCGGGCUGCGCUUGUGAUAUUCCCGCUCAUGCUUAUUUAUUUACGUGGGCUCCCAAUCCGAAUUGGUCACAAUACUACGUGACUGGUCCUGAGAUCCUGCAGUAUAUGGAGGAUGUUGCGGACAAGUACAACCUCAGGCAAUACAUAACGACAGGCCGCAAAGUUGUGGGUGCGCGUUGGCUUGAGGAUAAGCAGAAGUGGCAAGUCCUCAGCAAGAACACGGACGGGCGCCGCAAUGUCGUGUCAUCUUACGGCAUCACCGACGGUGAGGUGGGGGACGAUAUCGUGGAAGAAUGUGAUGUUUUUAUCAAUGCCAGCGGUUUUUUCAAUCACUGGAGAUGGCCUAAGACUCCCGGCAGGCAUAAUUUCAAGGGCGUCAUGGUCCACAGUGCCAAUUAUGAUCCGGAGUUGGAUCUGCGAGGCAAGAGAGUUGCCGUCAUUGGAAAUGGUAGCAGCGGGAUUCAGGUCACGGCAGCCGUUCAAAAGGUAGCCAAGUCUCUGUCUGUUUACAUGCGCCAUCCCACUUGGGUCACAGCCAACCUAGGCUCAAAAUUUAUCCCCGAUGGGAUAAACCUCAAGUUCGACGAAGAGCAGAAGGCCUACUGGGCCAAGAACGCAGAUGAAUACCUUGAAUAUCGCAAAGCUGUCGAGAACGAGCUAAAUGACGGCUUCCCAUUCUUUAUUCAGGGGACUAAGGCACAACAAGAUGCCUGGGAUUUCACUGUUCAAGACAUGCUUCAGAAGCUGUCGCCAAAGCCCGAGUUGGGAGAAAAACUGGUACCUAGUUACCCGGUUGGCUGUCGGCGACCGACGCCUGGCACUGGGUACUUGGAAGCUCUUUGCUCCGACAACUGCGAGAUUGUCUGGGGCGAGUUGGACAAUUUCACGGAGAAUGGUAUCAAAUCUACUGAUGGUACCGAACGGGAAUUCGACGUCAUUAUCUGCGCCACCGGGUUUGACAUGUCGCUCACCCCACGUUGGCCCAUUAUCGGCAAAAACGGCGUCGACUUACAAAAGAAGUGGAAGGAAGAUCCAGCUUGCUAUCUGUCAGCUAUUGCGAAUGACAUGCCAAACUAUUUCGUGUACCUGGGACCGGGUAGUCCUGUCGGUCACGGCAGUCUUCUGCCGUCCAUUGAGCGGGUCACCCUCUACAUCUGCGACAUAAUCAAUAAACUUCAAACGCAGAAUUACAGCUCGUUCUUGCUGAGAGCCGGGAAGGCAAAAGCAUGGCAGGCACAUAUGUUUGCCUGGCUGCAGAAGACCGUGUGGGGCUGUGGCUGCCACAGCUCCUUCAAAGACGGGACCGCCGAUGGACCGUUACAUGCAUUCCAUCCUGGCUCUCGAUUGCAUUAUUUCGAGUUGCUGAGGCUUCCACGGUACGAAGAUUUUGAAUGGACGAGUCGUUGCCCAGAGCCAGAGCUGGAGUUUGCAUGGUUAGCCAGCGGGUUUAUGCAGGAGGAGUUGCAUCACCAGGGUGAAGAUAAGGCCUGGUACAUGAACCAUCCCAGUGAGGUUCUCAAAUCGUUUGUCCCGCCUCAACUUUAG